AUGCAAACCGUGAGCCAACAACUACCAAGCUCGCACCCGUGGGAGGCCGCAAACCUGGGCCCUGUCUCCAACGUUCCAGAGACGGCCAGCAGGAAGCCGCUGCCAGGCCUCACCUCCCUCGGGUUCCGGCCCGUCGAUCCCGGUAUGAAGCUGGGACGCUCGGGUGCUAAGUCUUUUCAACUUCCUCAGGACCCCGCGGUAAUUGACGAUGUUACUUCGAUGCUUUCGCAAUCUAUGCGCUUCAGAGGCUUUGGUGCGGCCUUACCCACCAUUGAGCCCACAUUCGGGCCCAUCAAUGCGCAUUCGAACGAAGUCGUUGCGAAAGUAAGAAAUCAUUUCGACCUUCACUUUCAGCUUAUCCGUGGCUACCAUAAAAUCUCAAAAGCAAACUGGGCACCACAACACCCGGCUCUGGGUGACCUCGAACCACCGCGUUAUAACCCUCUGCAAACCAUUCGGUCUCGGCGGGCACGCGGGCAGCUUCCGCAAAAGUUCUUGUGGUCUAUCUCUUUGAGCGAAGAAGUUUCGGACUUCUCUUGGCGCCAGAAUUGCUAUCAUUCCAAGGCAGGCCUUGACCCCCCCGUCAUGCCUGCAGCAUCAGUCAAGGGUCACCGGCGUGGAACAAGUUCAAAUAUUCCGGCCACUCCUCGCCGCCACAGUGCCAAGUCUAUUGGCUCCGAUUCAGAUUCUCCUUAUGGAUCGUCGGCCAUGGCAGCUACUCCCGUCCCGGCCCGCCGGCUAGCCACACCACCCUUGACGUGUCCAUCGAGCAGCCCUUCCCGCUCCUCCCCAGCCCGCGACACGUUUGGUUCUUAUCCAAACUUCCGCGAAAAUGCCCGCCUCAGUUCCGGCGGUGGGCUCAUGAAGCGCUUGAAAGCAAAGCAUGGAGACUCUUCAAGUGCCAGCGACGACUCGGAUGCUGCAAGUAGCCGACCAUUGUUCUCUCGCGCGCCCUCGGUUGGCCGUCCAACCGCAGUUAACUCCGCUGUAUCGUUGCCUGUACCCCCUGGCACGGGCUCCGUCGGCCCCACCACCUCCUUACCCAGCCCACCACUGCCCGAUCAACUCGGCGCUAGUUCGGUCUCAGUAGGAGUCUUAACAUACGAUAGUGGCUCCUACACUCAGUCAGGAACGGGAAUCCAAACCCCUCCAGAACUGCCUCAAGUCGUUGUAUCUAAUGACGAAGACAAGGAAGAAGAUGGGAACGAGAACCAAGUUUUGCCUUAUUUAGGAUCUCAAGUCCUGGCUCAGCUGGAGCAAGACCAGAACCAGACUGGUUCAAUCAUGCCUGCAGACUCUUUUGGUCGUUUGGGCCCCUGCGAACCUGUAGUCAGUGACGACGAGUCGGAGUACUCGGUAGAGAUCAUCGCUCCCCACCACGCAUCUGAUGAGCAAGAGCAGCUCGGCAAGGCUCAGGCCCAGCUCGAGUACGUUAUUUCAGUUUUCCGCAUUGCCUUGCAACAAACCUAUCAAAACAGAAUGGUUCUCUCGCCCUGUGCCAAAAUCUCUGCGGAGUGCGGCAAGAACUGCGAGCAGCUAACCGGCUGCAUUAUGCCCCAAUACCUUGAGUUCCUCUCCAAUGUGGAAAGCGAGGUUAUCGGCAUUCAAGACAACUUGGAAUCAGAGGUUGGUAAAUCCAUGGACCACCUCCGAGUCAGCACCGAACGCAUGGGCUCUGCAGUGUCUACCACCCUGAACCGCCAGCUGCGCGAAACUGCUGCCCGCCUAGAUCGGCUGGAUUCCUGCCGAAAGUCCAAGUGUUUCUAUAUUCUUGCCUACGCCACUCUCGAGUACUUUGUCAAGGCCCUGCUACGUGUAACAUGGCUUGUUGUCAAGCUCUUCCUUGUGAUUAAGAAAGUGCUUUUCUUUUUCACCAGUUCAUAG